AUGGGUGCUAGCCUGACAUCACCAAUACCACAUCGACCACCAACAUCGGUUUGCAACCAUUUGUUUUCGCCUCCAGAUGCGCCAAUAUUCGUACCGAAACGUCAAUCUGUACUUAUGCAAGGCUGGCAAUGGAGUAAAAGGAAUAUACAGAACAUGCAACCAGUUAAUAGGAAGACCAUGAGUAAAGGAACAGGUUCACGAUCCACUGACAGUAUGAUGUCGUAUCGUACACAUCGAGAGCUACCGUAUCCACAAGUUACCAUAGCACUUGACGAUAAUCAAAACUACAAGAGCUUCAGAUAUGAACCAGAAACAAACGUGAUCUCGAAUUUCUACAGUAUUCGUGAGGAGAUCAAACGUGAAAUGCAAUUGAAUAAGCAGGACUUAGUCAACAAUAACCUGGUCAGGGUUUUUGUUUCAUUUGUUUCGUUAUUCGCACGAAUAUCUUUACAGCCUACUCGACGUCGUACUGUAAUCCAGGCGUCAACGUCGGAGUUACUGCGGGGUCUCGGCCAGUUCAUUGCGCAGAACAGUCAGAUCAAAGCCUUUGAGCCUGCUCACUUGGUUAUGUGGUUACGAACUGUCGACCGAGCUCUACUGCUGCAGGGAUGGCAGGACGUCGCAUUCAUCAAUCCUGCAAACUUAGUAUUCGUUUUCCUCAUAAUAAGAGAAGUGAUUCCUGAUGAGGAAUCGAUUCACACCGUUGACGAUCUACACGCUUGGGUGUUGACAUGUCUCUAUAUCAGCUACUCCUACAUGGGGAAUGAAAUUUCAUACCCAUUGAAGCCUUUUCUUAUUGAAUUGGAUCGCGAUAAGUUUUGGGAACGAUGUGUGGCGAUCGUGACGAAUCAUAGUGAUGAUAUGCUUCGUCUAAACUCGUCUUCGGCUUUCUUCACAGAAGUGUUCAGUGAACUGAAAAUGUAUUCAACGGAUUACUAG